GCAAUUUUGUUAUCUAGGGCAAACCAACGUCACAAUGACCCUGAAAAGACGUAUCGUUAUUCCUGCGUUUAUUCUCAUUUCGCGUCCACCAUGCAGAGCACUAUCGGAUCCAUAGCUCAGCGAAACAUGAUUCACGGCCAGAAACUGGCACAAUGGCUUCCACGAACAAGGCCAUUGUUGAAAGUGGCUAUGCGCCCAUAUGCAACUACCACACCUACAGGCACUGUGACUGUUCACAAAAGCAGGUGGCAUACCAUGAAGCGUAUUGUGCAGUUUGGUGUUGUGGGUGGCAUCGCUUACAGUGGUUACGUACUAUGGGAUGCACGACAUCCUCCUCUACAAGCACCGUUUGAUCCAGAGAAGAAAACCAUCGUCAUUUUGGGAAGUGGAUGGGGAUCCACCUCUUUGCUGAAAUCCAUUGAUACCGAUUUGUACAAUGUGGUUGUUGUAUCGCCUCGAAACUAUUUCUUGUUUACUCCUUUACUUCCCAGCUGCACUGUAGGCACCGUCGAUAUUCGUUCUAUCGUAGAACCUACUCGCUUCAUUACAAGGCAUAAGACUAGAGAGGUCAAGGUCUUUGAAGCAGAGUGUACAGAAAUUGAUCCCGUCAACAAGACUGUCACAAUUGCUGACAACUCGGAAAUCAAGGGUUCAGUGAACACUUCAACCAUCCCAUACGAUUAUCUCGUCAUUGGUGUAGGAGCCACCAAUCAAACAUUUGGCAUCAAAGGUGUCCAAGAGCAUGCCCUUUUCUUGAAAGAAGUUUGGGAUGCGCAGAAAAUUAGAACUCGUCUGAUGGACUGUAUCGAAACAGCCGGAUUCCCUGAACAGGCACCCGAAGAAAUCGACCGCCUCCUUCAUAUGAUUGUUGUAGGUGGUGGUCCUACGGGAGUUGAGUAUGCUGCUGAACUACACGACUUUUUGGUGGAAGACUUGACCACAUGGUACCCUGAACUGGCUGGUAAACUCAAGAUCACCUUAAUUGAAGCCCUGCCCAAUGUCUUACCCGCAUUCUCCAAGCAAUUGAUUGAUUACACUGAGGCAAGCUUCAAGGAACAGAACAUCACUAUCCAUACCAAGACCAUGGUCAAGGAAGUACAUGAUAAAGAUAUCACUAUCCAGCAAGCCGAUGGUUCGUUGGCCAAGAUGCCUUAUGGAUUGCUAGUAUGGGCUACAGGAAACACAUCUCGUCCGGUUGUGAGAAACUUGAUGUCCAAGUUCCCUGCAACGCAAAAGGUUGGCCGUGGAUUAGUGGUGGAUGAUUGGAUGCGAAUGGAAGGUUCAGAUGACAUCUAUGCUAUUGGCGAUGCUUCAGCCAGUAAAUAUGCACCUACAGCUCAGGUUGCAUCGCAACAAGGAAAGUACCUUGCAAGACUAUUUUCGCAACUUGCCCUACGCGAUCAUUUAGAGCAAGACAUUGCUGCUAUGACCAAUGAGGAAGAAAAGCAAUCAAAGCUAAGGAGACUCGCCAAAGUCAGAAAUGUCAAACCUUUCCACUACUCUCAUCAAGGUUCACUUGCCUAUAUUGGGUCCGACAAAGCUAUUGCAGACCUCCCUUGGGGAUCUGGAAAUGUCGCGUCUGGUGGAGUUGCCACUUAUGUCUUCUGGAGAUCUGUCUAUCUUUCCAAUUUAUUCUCGCUUCGAAAUCGCUCUCUUGUAGCCACAGAUUGGAUCAAGAAGAAUGUGCUUGGUCGCGAUAUUUCGAGAGAAUAAGGAAUUUUUGGAUUUCGUGGUACAUGCGGCUGGCUUCUAUAAAACGUACAAUGAAAUAAAUAAAAGAAAAACUGAAGGCGUUUCACCUACAUCAA